AUGCAGCCGAACAUCACCAUUCCCCUUGACACGCGCAACGCGCGCGCUGCAUCAUCAAACUACUCAAUGUAUGCCUACACCGCGGGUCGGUGGUUGCAUCUCGACAAAGCACAGCGCAACGCGCGGUAUAUCGAAUUUAAUUUUGACCGCUUGUGUGAGAAAGUGCUUUCACUCUGCCCUUCUGCUACCUCGAUUGAAAGCUGCCAGAAGCUCGAGGGUGGGUUUAGUAAAGUACUUAUUCUCAAAACCGACAAUGGUAGAGAUAUUGUUGUCAAAUUUCCUACAUCUGUUGCUGGAUCAGCAAGGCAUGUAACGAACUCUGAAGUUGCAACAAUCACUUAUCUGCAAUGCAAAACCCAAGUACCAAUCCCGGCUAUUCUGGAUUGGAGUGAUGACCCUACCAACCCUGUUGGCUCAGCAUAUAUCAUUAUGGAACAUGUCGGGGGUGUCCUGCUACAGGAAGCAUGGGAAGACAUGUCAUUUGAGGAGAAAAUAAAGUGCAUUGGAGCAAUCUGCACCAGGCGCGAUCUCUCCUCAUACGCCUCUGCUUUGAUAGACUCUGGCCUUUCAAGACUGCCACCAGCUGAUCAUCCUAUUCUUCGCCAGAACCAAGCAUCCUACCAAGGCUCAGUGGAUAGGCAUUUAGAACUACUUAAAGUAGGCCAGGCCACCAUCUCUGAGCUUAUUAAACAUCCCAAAAUCCAAUCUAAUGCAACACCGACCCUCUUUCACCCUGAUCUACACAAGAGGAAUAUUUUCGUCUCAAAGGAUGACCCGACUACCGUGACUGGGAUAAUCGAUUGGCAAUGUGCUAGUAUUGAGCCAGCAUUCUAUUAUGCAGAUGAUAUACCCGAUUUCGCUAAGGUACCCGCCGAAGGAACAUCGGAUUCCUCCGAGGAAGCUGCUUGCAACCAAGCAUUUGAGGUAGGCUUAGCUCUUCUCGGCCCACGUCUAGGAGAGGCCAGAAAGGUUGAUGAAACACUCCUCCGUCCAUUCCGCUAUUGCCAUCGGACGUGGAGAGAUGGAUUUAUACCAUUUACCUGCGAACUGAUGCGGCUAAGAGACGCAUGGGAAAAGCUUGGCUUCGAGAACGAUUGUCCCGUACCGGCCUUGAGCCCGGAAGAGAUGAGCUUUUACGAAGAACAGCUUGGGAUCUAUAAUGGGAUGUUGGAGUUUAGGCAAGAUAUGGUUGAAACCCUAGAGGUGGAGGGUGAUGGCUGGGUGUCUGAAGAUCGCUGGGAGGGAGUGAGGAAAGCUCACCAGUAUUUCUAUGAGAAUAUCAUGGCGGGUUUGGAGAAUGAUAAAGACCGUGAGGACUUGAGGACUAUGUGGCCAUUUGAUCAAUGUCAACCUGAGGCCUGA